AUGUCAUCCAGAAUCGCUACCAUGGCGUUGCGCGCCCGCCUCUCCCCCGGCACUCUGCGCGCCGCGCCGCGCUUCCUCGUGCCGACCUCGCGCCUCUCCUCCUCGGCCGCCGACACGCCACCCCCAGCACCGCCGCUGCUCCAGAAGCUCAAGGGCGACCUCAAGACGGCGAUGCGCGCCAAAGACACGGAGCGCCUGUCCGUGCUCCGCGGCAUCCUCGCCGCGCACCUCAACGCCUCCAAGACGGCCACGCCCAUCAAGACGGACGCGCAGCUCGUGGCGCUGCUGCGCAAGAUGGCCGCCGGCAACGCCGAGGCGGCCGCCGAGGCGCGCGCGGCCGGCCGCGCAGACUUGGCCGACAAGGAGGCCGCGCAGGGCGCUGUCCUGCACGAGUACGUGCAGGGCAGCGGCGUGGCGACCCUCGGCGCGGCGGAGCUCGGCGCCCUGGUGGAGAGCACGGUCGCCGAGGUCAGGACGGCGGGCGCGGAGGGCAAGUCGCUCUUCGGAGAUGUCAUGAAGAAGCUGAGCGCGAAGCUCGAGGGCAAGGAUGUGGAUAGGAAGACGCUGGCGGACUUGGUCAAGAAGCUGGUUUCGUCGUGA